GGAAACAGGAUAAACGGUCGGGCGCGUUGGGUCUGAUCGAAAGAGCGACUCCGUGGCCGCUGCCAGAACCAUUUCUAGUGCGGGACGAACCGCACGGACCGACAGCAUCUGCGGGCGAGCACGAACCUCUGUAAAGCAGUUCUCUCUGGAAGGAAAGGCCCUAAAGUGUGUGUGUGUUUGCUGUGUGUGCUGCGUUGUGGUUGUCCUCGUGUGACGUCAGAGUACUGCCGAGGAUGGAGUUCUACGAGCCAACGCCGCUGCUGUUGGCCACCGGAGGGAAUAGUUCACGGGAGUGGUUCGUCGAUCGCUGGAAUUCGGUGUUGGAUGUGCUAGGUGAUGACCAGGAGACGCUGUACGUCUGGGUGCUGUGGGUGUGGACGAACGUCAUCUACUGGCUGCUGGCCGGGACGUUCGCCCUGAUGGAUCUAACCGAGUGGCCCCGGUUUAUGCGCAAAUACAAGAACCAACCGGGCAUGAACGAACCGCUGGAUUGGUCGCGAUUCAAACAGUUGGUGAAAACGGUGCUGUUCAAUCAGGUGAUCGUCGGUAUGCCGACGUCCUGGAUUGCGUUCAAGAUCAACGAGAGUGGCAUUGCGCACCCGAGGGCCCUGCCGGAUGCGUGGACGAUCGCGCGUGACUUUACCGUGUGCAUUACGCUGUGGGAGAUCACGUUCUACUACAGCCACCGGUUGCUGCACUCGCGCUUCCUGUAUCGGCAUGUGCACAAGAAGCACCACGAGUGGACGUCACCGGUCGCGUUGGCCGCCAUGUAUGCGCAUCCGUUCGAGUACGUACUGAGCGAUCUGCUGCCGGUGUUUGCCGGCCCGGCGGUCAUGCGGUGCCAUGUCGCUACGACCGGCAUCUGGUUCGCGUUCGUCAUGGUCGACACGGUGCUCGACCAUUGCGGUUACCAUCUGCCGUUCCUGUCGAGCCCGGAAUCGCACGAUUAUCAUCAUCUGAAAUUCAACCAGUGUUAUGGUCUGUACGGCUGGAUGGACUGGUUCCACGGUACCGAUACGGAGUUCCGGAAGAAGCAACAGUUCAAGCGGCACCAUCGCAUCAUAGGCUUCCAGUCGGCCCGCCAGCUAGUGCCGGAUGGCAAGGACCGCUUGUCGUCAGGCGUAGCGAAGAUGAACCAAUCGAUCGAGGUGUCACCGCAGCACCGAUCCGGUGAGCUGCAGGAGCUGCUACUUAACGUCGAACUCGUCGAAGGGUCACCCCUGGCCGUGUGGUGUAAUCAGACCUGGAACGCGUUUCUAGAUCGCAUUGGGGACGAUCAUGUGACGCUUUACGUGGGCUUCCUUACCGUCUACACGUACUCCUUCUUCUGGCUUGUCGGUGGCUUGUUCGUGCUGAUGGAUCUCACCAACUGGCCCGAGUUUAUGCGCAAAUACAAGAACCAACCGGGCGCAAACGAACCACUGGAGUGGGAGUCCUGCAAACAGUUGAUCCGGGUGGUACUACGCAAUCAGCUUCUGUACGGACUGCCGACAACGUACUUCGGUUUUAUGCUACGCUGGAUAGUGUUCUUCGAGCCACCGGAUCCACGCAUCCUGCCCUCACUGACGACGAUUGUCCGGGACAUUGCGGUGUGCAUCGUGGUAUGGGAGAUCACGUUCUACUACAGCCACCGACUGCUGCAUACCUCGCUGUUCUACAAGCGCAUCCACAAGAAGCACCACCAGUGGACGGCCCCGGUUGCCUGGGCGGCCAUGUACGCCCAUCCGUUCGAGUUCAUCAUCAGUGAUCUGCUACCGGUGUACCUUGGUCCUGCCCUCAUGAGCUGCCAUGUGGUGACGUUUGCCUUGUGGUUCACGUUCGUCAUGAUGGAUACGCUGGUCGAUCACUCGGGCUACCAUCUGCCGGUACUCGGUAGUUCCGAGAUGCACGACUACCACCAUCUCAAGUAA